CCACUCUGUCACGUCAACUCGCUCGCGGACAGCCGUAAUACAGUGGGCAAAGAACUAAUAUAGCUCUGGGACGUAGUGAAAGGGUCGCCUGCGACAUUUCAAGUAGUGAUCGAGUCCGGCGCAUGCAGACAAAGGCCGUUUCUACCUUCUCGUGCUGAGAAGAUCGUAUCCCUACUCGCCGUCAAGCGUACACCGUCUAUCCACCGCCAUCAUGGGAAGGGAUCCUUUGGAGACGGCGAAACAGCUGGUCAAGAUAGUUGUCCGCAUGUUUUACGAGACUGAGCACAUUGUCCUUUUGGAUGCCCUCUGUUACCACGGCGCUUUGCAUGUGUCAGACAUGGUCCAGAUUCUCGACGCUGGCAAGAACUCGAAAUACGUCGGGAAGCUCGUGGGUAGGCUGAAGGAAGCAGGCUUGUGCACAACCUACACUGAGCAAGUCAAGCGUGACGGUGCAACAAAGCUCUCAAACCGCGAGUGGUACUACAUUGACUACCGCCGCGCCAUCGACUCGACCAAAUACCGCAUUCACAAAAUGCACGAACGGAUCAACAAGGAUGCGAAGCCUACGACAGAGAAGGCAGAGCUUUCAUGCAAGCGCUGCAGGUCUCAGUACACUAUGAUGGAUGUGCUUGACAACCCUGAUCCUCAGGCUCGGGCAUCAGGCUUCUUAUGCAUCAAGUGCAAUUACCCUUUGGACGAGAUCGAUGAGGGAAACCAGCAUGAUGCCGACGACACUCCGGCCAGAUUCAACAAGCAGUUCAAGCCACUGCUCGAUAUGAUGAAGAUCAUCGACGAGCUCAAGAUCCCGUUGAUCGAGGGCAAAGAUGCGGUUGACACAAAGAUCGAGCUACCUCGCGACAAGCUUAUCGAUCCUGGCACGAAGCUGGAGGUUGUAGACACAAACUACACAAGGCCUACAGCUGUCAAGGGUCUUGCUGCAGAGCGCGAGAAGAUCAACGUCCAGAUUGCAUCUACUGCAGAAGAAAACGAGAAGCAGCAAGCCGCAGACAGGGCUCGCCAGGAGAAGAUUGCGGCACAGAACCAGCUCCCAUCGUGGCACACUCAAUCCACGGUCAUCAAGGACGCCGGCGGAGCUGUUGCUGGCAUCAAGCAAGAGACCAACGGCACAAACGGACCUACCAGCAAGACAGAGCAGGCUGACGGCAUUACCACGACGCAGAAUUUGGAUGAUGUCUUCGCUCAGAUCGAGGCUGAGCGUCGUAAGAAAGAGCAAGAGGAAGAGGAGGACGAAGACGAAGAUGAGGACGAUGACGAGUUUGAGGACGUGGCUGUUGGUACACCGAGUGAGCUUCCUGAUGCCAAACGCGUGAAGGUCGAGAUGUCUGCAGCACCAACGCCCUCCAACGUAGCGACUCCGGCUUCCAACGGUAACGGUGGUGAAGAGAGCGAAGAAGACGAGUUCGAGGAUGUUUGAUUGGUUUAUUGCAUAGCGUUGGCGUCAUGGUUAGUGAGUGGUGUAGGGGGUUACUGCACCGCAUGUUCAAGGCGUUGGAUAUCAAAAAAAGACGUUCGUAAUCUGAAGGAGGCAAAUAUCCAUAAGUCUUUCUUCAUUCGGCAGCUCAAGAUUGAGACUUCAUAGAUCAUUAUAUCAAUAAACCUGUAAACAGAG